AACUCCAAACUUUAAAUUUAAAAAGAAUAAAUAAUCUAAUUAUUGGUUUUGGACCAACCAAUAAUUAGAAUGACAUAUAUAAAACUAAUUAAACCUUCCUUUUAGAAACCGUAAACAACAAAAAAAAUGAGAGAGAGAGGACGAGAGAGAGAGAGAGAGGAGGUGACCGAUGGACAACAGUAAGAAGGACAACACAGAGCAGAGGGCAUGGAAGAUUUGUAGGAAAAUGGCAAUAGAGGAAGUUCACACUGACAUGUGGAACACUUUUCGAAAGUUCGGAAGAGUAUACGCCAUCUACAGCCCAAACAGGAGAAGCAAGAAUGGCAGCAGGUUCAGAUUUGUGAGAUAUCUUGAUGUGAAAGACAUAAGAGAGUUGGAAAGGAAGCUAGAUCAGAUAUGGGUUGAGGGCAGAAAGCUAUGGGUAAAUACCCCGAGAUAUGUCGAGGCAAAGAAGGAGGUGCGAGAACAGAAAACCAUUCAAGGAUUAGAACUGAAACCACAAAACAGGAGCUAUGCUGAAGUGUUGAAGAGAAAAAUGGUGUUGCUUGAUUAUGAUGACAAAGAAGAGCUAAAAGAGCUGGUGGAGAUGACAUCAGAGUGGUUAAGACAAUGGUUUGAAGAGGUGAAGCCAUGGUCACCAGAAAUGGUUGCGGAUGAAAGAUUUGUGUGGAUUAGAUGUCAAGGAGCACCCUUAAAUGUUUGGAGGACGGAUUUCUUUGCAACUAUGGGUUGGUCGUGGGGUAAAUUCAUCUGCUUGGAUGAUAGCACAAGCCAAAAAAGAAGAUUCGAUAUAGCUAGAUUCUUGAUAUUGACUCCGAUGAUGAACACUAUCUUCGUUACGAGACAAAUUAAAAUAAAUGGGUCCAUGUACAAUGUCAAAUUCAUGAAGGAGUUCACCAAUAGCUUCUUCUCCUUAAAACAGGACUUCAUGCCAACUUUUCAAAGUGAAUCCGAGGAAGAGGAAUCAUGGUCAUCGGACAGUGAUAAGGAGGACAAUGAUUCUGAAAAGAUAGUAGAGAUUGAGCAAGAGAAAGAAAGAGCCGUUGAGACAGAGAAAGAAGAUGAUGAUGUGGCAUAUAGCAACAGUGAGGUUGAAGGAAAGCAUCUGACACACGAUCUGCAGGUUGAAAAAGAGACAACCGAAGUAAUGGCGGAUAGCUUAGACCAUUCAAAAUUUGAAUGAAGAUAAGAAUAGCGAAGCGAAGGUAAGGGUAUCACAGCAACAGAGGCACAUGGAAAAAAUUGUGAGCUCAAACGGGUUUGUAGCAGAAGAAUCGAGCCUUAAGGAGAAACAAAGGAUGAGGUUAAAG